AUGGCUAAGCUGUCCAGCGCAGAGCCGCAUCCCAAGACCAAUUCGGUCUUUCCUACGGUGCCUGCGCUCCAGCAAGAAGUACCAACAGUAUCUCCGAAGCAGAGCGGCGGACCCCCGCCUUCUGCCUCUGGCUGUCCAGAGGACCCCGGCGGACCCCCCCUUUUCGCCCCCAGCUUCCCAGAGGACCCCGGCGGCUCCCCGCCCCCUGCCUGCGGCUGUCCGGAGGACCCCAACGGACCCCCGCCUUCUGCCUCCGGCUUACCGGAGGACCCCGGCGGCCCCCCGCCCCACACCUCCGGCUGCCCCGAGGACCCCGGCGGCCCCCCGUCCCACACCUCCGGCUGUCCCGAGGACCCCGGCGGACCCACGCCUUCCGCUUCCGGCUGUCCCGAGGACCCCGGUGGACCCCCGCCUUCCGCCUCCAGCUUUCCGGAGGACCCCGGCGGCCCCCCGCCCCCCUCCUUCGGCUUUCCGGAGGACCCCAGCAGACCCCUGCCUUCCGCCUCCGGCUUUUCGGAGGACCCCGGCAGCCCCCCACCUCCCUCCUCCGGCUGUCCCGAGGAAACCGGCAGCCCCCCGCCCCACUCCUCCGGCUGUCCCGAGGACCCCGCGGCCCCGCGCCUUCCGCCUCUGGCUGUCCCAAGGACCCCGGCGGCCCCCCGCCUUCCGCCUUUGGCGGUCCGGAGGACCUCGGCAGACCCCCUCCUUCCGCCUCUGGCUGUGCCAAGGACACUGGCGGCCCCCCGCCUUCGGCCUGUGGCUAACCCGAGGACCCCAGCGGCCCCCCACCUUCCGCCUCUUGCUGUCCCAAGGACCCCGGUGGCCCCCUCCCCUUUUCCUCCGGCUGUCCGGAAGACCGCGGCAGCCCCCCGCCUUCCGCCUCCCACUGUCUGGAGGCCCUGA